AUGAAUCAGUCAGACGCAUGGGCGCGAAUGAGCGCGUCCAAGUCAGGCUGCGAUGUGCUCAUGGAGCGCUUGCACAGCACCUCCUUUUCGCCAUCCGCAGCUGGUCAACUGAUCGUGGGGCCGCGAGGGCAGCUGGAGCCGCCCUUCUCCAGGCUGCUGGUGGACAGCGGCAAGGUGGUGGAUAGUGGCCGCUAUGGCAACUGGGCGAUUGGCCAUGGAUCCAAGCUGAGCUAUUGGGAUCGAGGCACCCCUCGCAGCAGCCGACCGCCCUCCUCUGGAGCACAUGAGGAGCUCGCGUCGAUGAACCGCAGCAGCUUGGAGAAGUUCCUGCCCGGCAGUCGGCCCCGUGACACCACCUUCCAGCGCAUCUGGGGCCGGGAGGAUCUGCCGCGCUACACCGGGGAGGUGGCCAGGACGUCGCCCAUGAUCUGCACCAGUGCUGGAAUCGUGAGGCGCUGA